AACCAGAGCUAAACAUUGGGCAGGCAAGGCAAGCUCCCCUUAAGAGUGCAAAAAUGUUAGGAUCGGUACUUAUUCGUUAUUUGGAAAUGGCGAGAUAUAAGAAGCAAGAUCUCGCAUUUACACCAACUGGAAGCUUGGUAUUCUUGCACUAAGCUACAUAUUGUGAAGCAUAUGUAUUGGGCAAGCUCUUCCUGUGAGUGCUUGUUCAACUUUAAUAGGCUGUUGAGAUACAUAUCUAGAAAUUGUUUUUUUGACUUUUGUAAAAGAAAAAAAAGUCAGAAAUCAGUUUGGAUAAACAAUUUUAAAACGACUUCCAGAAACAAAAAACUUAACUUUUUGUGAAGCAAAAUGUUUUUGCUUCAGACUUCUGCUCCUAACUUCUACUUCUGAAAAAGCAGAAGUCAAAAGCGGAUUUGCAUCCAAACGCUCUGCAAUUGUCUCUGUAUACAAGGUCACUGCCAGAUUGUUGGUCCUUGGUUUGGAUUUAUUAGCACAACGGAGACAUAAUCCUUCACAGCGUGGCCAGGGUUAGUCCCUAAAAUCUUCAUAUCUGUAUAAAACCCCUCCAGUUUUUCUUAUUUUUUGGAUUUACCGCACUCAAUAUUUAGUAUUUAGUCCACCAAAAUUUCUAUAUUUUUAUAGUAUUUUUCUGGCUCCGCCAGCUAGGUUAACUUGAUAGUUCAGAGAAAGUGUUUCGGGUAUAAUAAGGCUUGAACCGAAGUCUAAAUUUUGGCAAAGACUAAACACAACGUGCUCAUCAAGAAGUUGGGUUGGGUCAAUAUUCCAUAUAUCCAAAAUCAGUGAUUUCCUAUUUUGAAAACACCAGUGCAGGAAUUUAGACUUGGGGAAGGGUUUUCGCGGUUAGGUUGAAGUUGAACCGACUUGGAAUCCUAAAAUAGGGAGGACGAAUUUCUGGAAGUUUUCGGCUAUAGAACGCUGCCUAAUAUAUGCCCAACUAGGUUUCCUAACCCAGCAACAACUCGGCCUUUGAACAUCUAUAAAUACACCUAGUGCGUGCCCAUUCUUUCAUACUACACCUUCUGAAAAACUUUCGUUUGUUAGAAAACAAUACAAGAUGAAGGUUAUUGCUGCAUAUUUGCUUGCAGUUUUGGGAGGAAACAAGGAACCAACUGCUGAAGAUAUCAAGGAUAUCUUAGGUUCCGUUGGUGCUGCUGAUGACGCUGAUGACAAGAUUGACCUUCUUUCUCAAGUUCAAGGUAAAGACUUCACUGAACUUAUUGCAAUGGGAAGGGAGAAAUUUGCUGUUUUUGGCGGUGGUGCACCUAUGGUGGUCAAUGCCGUAGGCGAUGGUGGUGCUGGUGCUGCAGCUGAGCAGAAGAAAGAGGAAAAGGUGGAGGAGAAAGUUAAAGAAGAAUCUGAUGAUGACAUGCCUUUCAGUCUCUUCGACGAAGAAUAAACGGUUAAUAUUAUAUGAUGAUGCCUUUCAGUUUCCAAUGGUUUUGUUUUGGGUAUAUACAGUUUUAGUUUAUUUUAUUUUUAACACAGAGAUGGAAACAGAUAUCUUUCAAUGUCUUUGUUUUCCGUAAUAUGAAUUCUUAAAUUCCAGUUUUAGUUUAUUUAUUUUUUUAACACCAAGAGAGAUGGUGUAAUAAGUUUAUCAAUGAACAAACAGAAUUUUUCAGAAA